ACAAAAUUUGACCUCUUUUUGGGUAGAACCUUGGCAAGCCUGAUCUGACCCAUAGGACCCAACUUCCAACAUUACAAGAAGGAACGUUUGACUGGCUAAUCCGUUUGAAAUCAUGUUAACUCCCCUCCUACACUUUUUGGGUGUGGCCAAUUUUGCUUAUGCUAUUUACUACGAGUUCUACCACAUUAACAUACCUCGCGAAGUGAGCAAAACCCGACAUCUUUACGGUGGUCCGUGGAAAUAUCUCACCUUCAUCAACCUCUGGAUCCAACUCUUUUACUUCCUCAUAGCCUUGCUCAACCACUUUAUGGGCACCGAGGCCAAGACCCGGCCUCAAUCCUCGCUUCUUCAAACCCUUCGAGAUGGUCUCUUUGCCACUCUAGCUUUUCCCAUCGGCAUCUUCGUCGGCACCAUUUUCUGGGGAUUGUAUGCCAUUAAUCGUAAUCUGAUCUUCCCCACCAUCUUGGACAUGUACAUCCCGACCUAUGUCAACCAUAUGCUUCACACCACGGUGAUCCCCAUCCAGAUUUGGGAGCUGGUGAGGACCUUCCAUGUGUAUCCUUCGCGUAGGAAAGGUAUGGCACUCACGGGCCUCUUUUGCUUUGGCUACUUGGUCUGGAUUUGCUUCAUCGCAUAUGCUGGAGGCUUUUGGGUGUACCCAAUCUUUAAGAAGUUGAGUCCGGAGCAACGGGCGGCGUUUAUGUUGGGUUGCGCCGUUUUGGGCGGGGUUCUUUACGUGGUGGGCGAGUUUUUGAACUCGUGCAUUUGGGCUCAGACCAUUGAAAAGUCCAAGUUGAAGAGUAAAGCCAAGUAAAUGGCUCAGGGAUUGAAUACUAGAGGUCACAAAAAUAACUAAUAUAACGCUUGUGUAAAACAGGGAAAUCGUUGGGAGUGUUGUUAUAGCUUUUAAUUUUGUUAUUUGUGUUACUGACCAGCAUAAUUAAGAUGAAAUGAUCAGAUCAUGUCCUUGCAAUAAAUGGAAGUGAUUAAAGCUUA